GGACUUCCAUACUUUUUGGCUUCCGUUUUUUCAUCUGCUAAGUAAUUCUCUUUGUUUCUUCAUCAAAGGCCAAACUUUGCAGCAGAAAUUGAGGUUUGUUCUCCUAAUUUCUUUUCAAUUUCUUGAUCAAUUCAUCAUCAACCCAUGUUUCUUUUUAAUUUUAUGGCUUUUCUUGAGGUGGUGCAAAAUUUCUCCGAGCCGCCGCCAUAUUCGCCUAAACCUCCCACCGUGAAUCCGCCACAGCCAUACAUACCUAAGCCUCCCACCGUUAACCCUCCGCCGCCAGCAGUGACGCCACCCUACGCGUCCCCAAACCCGCCGCCGCCGGUGAUCAUCACUCCGCCACCAACUCCACCGGUCGUCAAGCCGCCGCUGCCGCCGGUGGUGACGCCACCCUACACUCUGCCAAACCCACCUGUCCAAGAGCCGCCGUGUCCGCCGCCGGCAAAGCAGCCGACGUGCCCGAUAGACGCGCUGAAGCUGGGCGCGUGCGUGGACCUGCUGGGCGGGCUGGUGCACAUCGGAGUAGGGCAGGGCGGGGCAAAGGACACGUGUUGCCCGGCGUUGAACGGGCUGGCCGGAGUGGACGCCGGAAUAUGCCUCUGCACCACCAUUAGAGCCAAGCUUUUGAACAUUAAUAUAAUUCUGCCCAUUGCCCUCCAAGUUCUGGUCAACGACUGUGGCAAGAUUCCGCCCGAAGGUUUCCAGUGCCCCACUUCCUGAGUUUUCGGGUCGGGUCGGGUAUUUUAUACGGAGUAGUAUUUGAACACGUUCAUUCGUCGUCAAUCCGCUGUUGCAUGUUCUUUUUUU